CAACAACUAACUUACAACAAUCCUCAUCCCCAUGGUCUCCCUCCCUGGGCCGCCGGUGAACCCCUUCCCGCCGGAGUUCAAGCGACUACCGGAAAACAAAAACCCUACAGACCACAUCAAUGUCAAUCACUUAUCACAAGAAUCACCACCAAUUGACAAUGAAACAAUACGAAGAGAAAGAAAAGAACGAGUGAAUAAAAAAAUUGCAUCGCAAAAGGCUAUAUCGGUAAUAUUAAGAAGAGAAGCGACGAAAGCUGUGAUCGAGAAGAAAAAAGGCUCCACGAGGCUGUUUCCGGGAACUGUACUUGAAGCGCUUCAUGAACGAAUUACUGCUUUGCGUUGGGAGUCUGCUCUUAAGGUUUUUGAACUACUCCGUGAGCAGGCAUGGUACAGGCCUUAUCCUGCUAUAUACGUGAAGCUAAUCGUGAUGCUCGGAAAAUGUAAGCAACCCGAGAAAGCACAUUCGUUAUUUCAAGAUAUGAUUGAUGAAGGUUGUAUUGUGAACCAAGAAUCCUACACUGCUCUUCUUUCUGCUUACAGUCGAAGUGGCCUGUUUAGAAAAGCGUUUUCAAUACUCGACGAUAUGAGGAACACUCCUAACUGCCACCCUGAUGUUUACACGUAUUCAAUUCUUAUAAAAUCAUGUCUUCAUUUUCAUGAAUUUGAGAAAGUGCAAUCUUUGCUUUCGGAGAUGGCCUCACAAGGAAUCAAGCCCAAUACGGUUACUUAUAAUACCCUUAUUGAUGCAUAUGGGAAAGCAAAAAGAUUUGUGGACAUGGAAUCAACACUCGUAGAAAUGCUCCGACAAAGGGAAUGCAAGCCCGAUGUAUGGACCAUGAAUUCAACGUUACGAGCGUUUGGUGGCAGUGGGCAAAUAGAAACGAUGGAAAAAUGCUACGAGAAGUUUCUUAGUGCGGGAAUUCAACCUAAUGUUAAAACCUUCAAUAUACUCUUGGAUUCAUACGGGAAAACCGGAAACUAUAAAAAGAUGAGUGCUGUUAUGGAGUACAUGCAGAAAUACCAUUUCUCAUGGACACUUGUGACGUAUAAUAUCGUCAUAGAUGCAUUUGGGCGGGCUGGGGAUCUGGCCCAGAUGGAAUUUUUGUUUAGGUUAAUGCAAUCUGAGAGCAUAAAGCCGAAUUGUGUGACGCUUUGUUCACUUGUAAGGGGUUAUGCACAAGCUGGAAAAGCUGAAAAAAUCGAGGGUCUUUUGCGAUAUAUUGAGAGUUCUGAUGUGACGGUUGAUACGGUUUUUUUUAAUUGUUUAGUGGAUGCUUAUGGUAUGAUGGGGUGUUUGGCGGAAAUGAAGGGGGUGCUGACAAUGAUGGAAAGUAAAGGGUGUCAACCCGAUAAAAUCACGUAUAGAACCAUGAUUAAAGCUUAUAAUAUGAAUGGAAUGAGUCAUCAUGUGAAGGAGCUUCGGCAUGCACUUUCGUCUGUUGGGAAACCAGAAUCCAAACGAGGAAGGAAUGACUCAAGGCCACCUCAUAUGAGUUCUUGAUCAAAUAAAGGAUAUAGCUUUAGGAAACUUCAUCUAUGAAUGAUGGUGUAAUAUUUGUUGUGAAAAGUGUUUUUAGUGAUGUGGUAAGAAUGUAUAUCUUUAGUUAUAUAUUCACACUCUACCAAAGAAAUAGUUCACCUUUUUUUUGUAAAUCCAAAAUCAAUAAGAGUUGAUGCCCCUUAUUGGAAUAAAGGUGCACAAACAGUCAAGGCUUGAGUCUAAUAUUGACCAUGGAGUUUCCAUCUGACUGGACCGCAUCCGGUUAUGCCCAACUCAUGUCUGAAUUCAAAUUGGUUGUCGAUUCGGAAGUCUGAAUUUGGAAGUCGAAUUAUGUUCGAUUUGAAUAUUGAACACCCUAAACUAUUGUGGUAUGUUUCGUAUUGUAUUUUGACCUCUUUAUUGA